UCCCUGUGCAUUGUGGGCAGCGGCAAUGAGGGCCUUUAAGGGUCCUUCCCAGCCUAAAACGGCCUCUAAUUCUAAUAACGUACGCUGGAUACACAUGCGGUCAGGGCCGUCAGCUGAUGGGAAGCCCUGCGGCUGUCAGUUGCUUUCCUGAAUAUGAUAACAUAAAGCAGCCCUCGCAUCUCCCACUCAGUUCAGAGUGUUACAUCCAAUAUUCUGCCCCGCGCUCAAUUCGGAGUGUUACAUCCAGUGUUCCAGCCCCAUAAGUUGCUUUUUGGCAAUGAAUGCUAUAGAGCACAGCCAGCAGCUCAAGGGAGGUGAUCCUCUCCCUGUUCUGCCCUGGUGGGGCCACGUUUAUUGUACUGUCCCCAGUUCUGGGCUCCCCAGUUCAUAACGGAUGGGGGUCUCCCAGAAGGGGUGCAGCAGAGGAUCACAAAGGUGGUACAGGGCCUGGAGCAUCUCCUGUGUGAGGAAAGGCUGAGUAACCUGGGGCUGUUCAGGCCGGGGAAAAGAAGGCUGAGGGAUCUGAUUCAUGUUUAUAAUAUCUGACAGGAGGUGGGAGGCAAAGCAGGUAAGGACAGGCUGUUCUCAGUGCUGCAUAGCGAUAGGACAGGGAGUAGUGGCCUAAAACUUGAACAUAAUUCCAUUUAAACAGGUGAAAGAACUUCUUGUCAGUAAAGGCGAUGGAGCACUGGAACAGAUUGCCCAGAGAGGUGGUGCAGCCUCCUUCUAUGGAGGUGUUCAAGAUCAUCUGGAUGGCUGUCUGUGCAACCUGCUUUAGCAGGGGAGGGGUUGGACUCAAUGGUCACUUGAGGUCCCUUCCAACCCCUGCGAUUCUGUGAUUUUUUACUGUAUGAGUUGAAGAAUUAAUCACCCUGUCAUACUGCAAGCAGUCUGCAGGUGCCAGCAUCACACCAGCUUUGGUACUGCCACACACGCUCCAAUCUGUCAGUUAUUUGGAGAUGGCUUUGCAGCUGAGGGGUCAGCGUGGAUGUGGAAAUCAUCCUUGGGGGAAUCUUUGGUAUGUUAUUCAAGUGAAAUAGUAUGCAGACAGCUACUGAGCCAGUAACAGCACGCUGUAGGUAUCUUCAGCCUCCAGGAACUUGGAUUCAGUGUGCCUUAGAAUCGAGAGAGCUUCUUGCUUUGUGUCUUAAAAAAAUUAAAGCUUCACUUAGCAAGGUCCGGCUGAUUGAUGCAGGCUUUAUUUGGACUGAACCACAUUCUAAGAGAUUGAAGCUGAAACUGACUGUUCAGAAGGAGGUGAUAAAUGGAGCAGUUCUUCAGCAAGUGUUUGUGGUGGAAUAUCUGAUUCAGUCGCAGAUGUGUGAAGACUGUCAUAGGAUUGAAGCUAAGGAUUUCUGGAAAGCUGUAGUUCAAGUCAGGCAAAAGACUCUGCACAAAAAGACUUUCUACUAUUUGGAGCAGCUGAUUUUAAAACACAGGCUUCAUCAAAAUACACUUCGCAUCAAGGAAAUCCACGAUGGCCUGGAUUUUUAUUAUUCUUCGAAGCAGCACGCUCAGAAGAUGGUAGACUUUCUUCAGUGUACAGUUCCAUCAAGGUCGAAGUCAUCCCAGCGCCUGACCUCACAUGAUGUUCAUAGUAAUGUCUACAACUACAAAAGCACUUUCUCAGUGGAAAUUGUUCCAGUAUGCAAGGACAACGUUGUAUGUCUGUCACCAAAACUGGCACAGAGUCUUGGUAACAUGAGCCAGAUCUGCGUGUGCAUUAGAGUAACAAGUACUGUCCACCUCAUUGAUCCUAGCACUUUGCAGAUUGCUGAAAUUGAUGGAAAUACCUACUGGCGCCAUCCUUUCAAUAGCUUGUUCAACCCAAAGCAGCUUGAGGAAUUUAUUGUUAUGGAUAUCAAUCGAGUUCAAGAAAAGAAGAAACCUGCAGGUGCAGGGGCAAGAUCAAAUAAACACACGCUGGCUGAAGCCUGGGUAAAGAAAACCUCGGAGCUGAAUACAGAUCAUCAGUAUUUCUGCUGCACUCACUUGGGACACAUUCUAAAUCCCGGCGACCUUGUCUUGGGAUUUGACUUGGCCAACUGUAACUUGAAUGACGAGUUUGUGAAUAAGAUGAGCCCACACAAUAUCCCUGACGUGGUAUUGAUAAAGAAGAGCUAUGACCGUGCCAAGCGCCAGCAUCGCAGAAACUGGAAACUGAAAGAGCUGGAAAGAGACAGAGAAGGCACAGAUACAGACGAUGAAAGACAAUACCAGGACUUCCUUGAAGAUCUAGAAGAAGACGAAGCCAUAAGGAAAAAUGUCAACAUUUACAGAAAUGCAGACAUUCCAGUGGAGAGUGACACAGAUGAUGAUGGGGCCCCUCGGAUCAGCCUGGCUGAAAUGCUGGAGGAUCUCCAUAUUUCCGAGGAUGCCACCGGUGGGGAAGGAGCGAAUAUGAUGACAGAAUAAGCAUAGUGCAUUAAGUAUUUGCAUGUAUAUGCAAUUAGUAUUUGCUUGGGGAGGAGAAUGUACCCCAUAUAAGCAAUUAUAUGAACUGUGAUCACAUAAAUACGACAAGUAAUGUUUUAUCUACAACCAUACCUCUAAAUCACAUUUCUGAAUUAGUAUUUCAUAUAUAAUUAUCUAGAAGAUCGGUGAUUACAGUUAAGCUUCUGUGCAAACACUGUAAUAUAAGUUCCACGAGUUCUUCUCAUCUCUGAGUGUUUUCUCCUUGCAACUUCUCAGAAGGUAAAGACCAGGUGACUAACUUCACUUUUAUCCACUGAGAAUAUUAAUUAUUCUGCACCUAAGACUGCUAAUAAAGAAAAAUGUCCAUCAAGAGAGAUUUUGUUCUAGUUUGCUACACUUGUAGGUGCAAUACCUUACCUACUGUUUAUUGUUUUCAUUUCUUUAUCUGAAAUGGAUUUUUGCUGUCUUAAUCUUUUUGGCACAGUGGUUUGUUAAAGCCUUUUUUAUGAUGAUAGAUUACUCCAUAUAACAAUAUUGUGGGGAGGUUUAAGAAUUUUCGGAUCUUGUCAGUAAGGGAAUUCCAAGCAUUUGUGUUGUGUACACAAAAAUGCUUUGUUUUAAAUUAAUUGAAUGUGCAGCCCACAAUCAGAAAGAUUUGAGACUUCUUUUAAAUGGUAAUGAGUAUUGUAUUGUACUGUAUUCCAUGCAUAUAUCAGUGGAUUAAAUGCAGUUUGAAUAAUCUGAUUAAUACACUGUGAGAUACUAUACAUAAAGACUCUUUUGUCUCAAAGUCUGCCUGAGUUUUUGCAGGUAAUAAACUGGUUGGACAACA